ACAAAAUAGACCACUGACCGCUCCCCAGCCUCCUCACCCUCAUACUCGCAUCUAGUGAUGAGCUUUAAUGAAGAGCGUGCGCGAUCUUCCAGAGCCUCGAGCUCGAUGCACCACUUUGGUUGUGGCCAGCCCUAGACAUGAUGCUCAGGCGCGGCUGGGUAGUUUGCAUGUCUUCACAUGCCAUCCAUCCAUGUAGCUUAUGCCUCGUAUCGUGCUUGACAUGGACCAGCUAUUCGAUAUUGUUCAUCAACGUUAUGCAGCUUUGUAGGUCAUCAUCAAGUCGGUCCUUGGCCGGGGCCCAGGGCAGAAUACAUCUCCACCUGAUCUGUCCCGUGCAACACCCGCUGAUUUGGGCGUUCCAUUUGCCAUGGUGUAGCCUCAUCGUUCUGCACAGUAUCUCACCUCCACUCAAACUUCUAAUGACCAUCACCCGAAUAUCCGCGCCAGUGUGGACCUCACUUAGCUGGGCGUCUAGGCGCAGGUGUCAAAACAGGUCGUCGGCCCGUCCUGCAGUCAACAACAUAUCGGUAACAUUCAUGGGAUCUGCUGGGCGGCCGGUAACGCGGCCGGCAUAGUUUUUGCGGUAUUCCCUAUCAUGCUGAACAACCAGCCGGCGACUGUCGAACAUUCCGAGUCUUGACCCAAGAACUCGUCUUUCCAAGUGGAGGCACGAGAAAAAUCGUAGCGGUUUCUAGCGGGGCAGAGGGUUAUCGGUGUCUGGUAGGUUUGACCGGCCCGGCAGCCGUUUGUUGAUCUCGGGGCAUGUUUGGUAGACACCAGGCUGUUACAUGAAACGAUGACGCAAGAAUCCAACCCUCCAUGGUGC